AACUCAGCAUUUGAAAAGGCCGACGAUCUCCGGAAGUGGUAAACAAUUGAUCUCGCUUUGCACUCACUGAUUACCUCCCCACAUGUUAGUUAUGUGAGGUACUUUAAAAAUUUAUUUCCAAUUACAGGCAUGACAACAUGAAGUCAAAGAAGAUUGACAUAAGUUUAAUGCCAAGUCGAUUAAUGCGCACAGCCCCCGAAAAGUGAAACUGUCUGACAUUUUGGACGGUUCACUUGCCAAUGUGAAGGUACCUUCUUCUGGAAAUAUACAGCAGAAUGUUUACUCAAAGUUUAUAAUGUAACAAAUUGUUUUCGCCAAUUUACUUAUAGGACAAGUACUAUAAGUUCAAUGCCGAGAUUAGUGGCAUUGACAACAAAAAUGACCCAUGGUAUCAUGCUUGCCAGAAAUGCUACAGGCGGAUAACUGUUAUAGAGAGUGUUGCAACUUGUGACGACUGUUCGGGAGAAGAUUUUGAUUAUGAGGAGAGGUAAACUGCACAAACAAACGCACAAGAGAUAUUCUCUACGUCAACCUGCUAAAUAAUAAAUGAUUAAUACUUAAAUUGUGGUGUAGGUAUAGGUUAACGUUUGAUGUCACUGCUGAGGAACAAUCUCUAAUUAUUAUGUUGUCUGAUGCUGCGCAAUUCUUUUUUGGUUGCGAUGUAAAGGAGUAUGUUCGCUCGACAUCUGUAAAGAAAGAGGAUUCUGGGUACUACCGCAAGUUGUUAUUGAGUAAGGGAAAAGAAUUUAGUGUCCUUGUGAAGAUUGAUCGAAAUUUUGCAACAGGAGAUUCAAAAAUGAAUUUGAUAGCUGCGGAGAUACAUGAGGUUGAAAAAUUAAUUGCGGCAUAUGAAAGCGAGGUUGAAACACUGAUAAAAAAACAAAGAAGCAAGAGGACCAAUAAGGUUAAAGAUAACAAUGGAGAGCCCCAGCAAAUGACUGAUACGAUGAAACCGCUAGCUGGUGACAUACCUUAUGAUGAAACAAAAAACGUUGCAGAUGAAAUAGAGAUUGAAACCCCAACAAUAAAGUUAAGAAGCAAGAGGACCAGGAAAGUUAAAAUGCCAUUGCAGAGCACCCGAUAAUUGAUAACACCACACUGCUGCAGAGAUACAUAAGGUUGGAAAAGAUGUUGGCCCGUACGAAAGUGAGAUUGAAAUGCCGAUAAUAAAGCUAAGAAGCAGGAGGACCAGGAAGAUUAAAGAAAAAAAAAAUGCGGACCAACAUCCUGCGCGUGUUAAAAAGAUCAAAAUGGAAAAGAAAUAGUUACAGCGUAAUCUAAUAGA